AUGGCAAGGGACCCCGGUAUCUGGCUUAAUUGCCGGGUUCCACAGCUUUCAAAUGGAGCCAUCAGACUACGGAUGCUAGGCCAGCUUGAUCAAUUCAAUAAGGAUGUGAAGGCGCGUGCUGAGGCAUUGAAAGUGCGCUGCCGCAAGCCAGAAGCAUUUGGACUCUCGUCAACUGCUACUAGAGCGGAGAUCCUAGUACUAUACUUAGUCGUACUUGAGCAAAUUGCUCUCCGCUACGCUAUCAGGAACGGUUCGAAUGCAAUUUCCCUAGAGAUGGGAGACCAAUCAGCAAAUAUGCCAAGCACAUGUUUCUACAUAUUAGGAAGCACGAGUGCGCAUAUUCGGGCAAACAUUGUGAUAUUAGUAUGGACUCUAGACCGAAGUAGCCCUGGUGCGGGACUUCCUGAUCAAGAGAAGUGA